AUGGUAUUUAUACUUUACGGUAACAUCCUUGCUACUCACUAUAGGGCAGUUUUAAUAUGCGCUGCAGAGAUGGGAUUACUGGAUACUCCAUCUUUCGAAACUCGUCACGUUGAUUGGAAAAAUCUUUGGGCACCUAGGAACGACUUUGAUUAUGAUGCAAGUCCUUUCAAGAGAAUACCAUGGUUGGAAGAUACAGAAGCUGGAAUCACGUUAUAUGAAAGUAGAGCUAUUGUCAAGUACUUGGCAAUGAAUACUGGCUCUUCCCUUCUACCCAAUAUGAACGAUCCGGUCGAAAUGGCAAGAUUCGAAGUGGCAUGUAGUAUUGAAUUAGGUGAUUUCUCAGUAUUCACCAAACCCCUUUUAUACGAAUUGGUUCAAGCUCCACAUGUACAUCAACAACCCACAAAUCAAAUACUCGUGGAAAGCUAUAAGAGAACACUUGAAAAGACCUUUAAAGGCUAUGAGAAGAUUUUAAGUAGACAACCUUAUUUAGCCGGGGAUAAAUUGACUGUGGUUGAUUUAUUUCAUAUUCCAAAUGCUCAUUGGUUAUGGACUGUUGGGGAUCUUCCUGAAUUAGGUGAUGGUACACUUCUCUUACCCAAUCAAGAGAAGGUUAAUUCGGAUGGGACUUUACCCAUCCCAGAAGAGCAACGAGACGGCACUUUACCUUUCCCCAAGGAGGAAGCCGAUGGCAAUCUACCUGUUCCACAAGGUGUAUAUCUACCUCAUCUUCAAGCUUGGUGGGCGAGACUCAUUCAAAGGGAAAGCGUCAAGAAGAUCAACGCUGAGUUCGACAAAGGGUUGAAAGAAGCUGAAGAAGCUAGAAAGAAUAAGCCUCCUACUCAGUAA